AUGUCGUCCGAAGCUGCCUGUAUUUUCUGCAAGAUCAUCAAGGGCCAAAUCCCUUCAUUCAAAAUAGUGGAGACUGCUACUUGUUACUCCUUCCUCGAUAUUGAGCCAAUUGCCAAAGGCCAUGUAUUAGUGAUCCCCAAGUACCAUGGUGCAAAGUUGCACAACAUCCCAGACGAAUACUUGAAGGACAUCCUUCCCGUGACCAAGAAGAUUGCCAAAGCAUUGGAUUUGGACAUUGACGGAUUGGAAGGCCCUGGCUACAAUAUUCUUCAAAACAACGGCUCAAUUGCUCACCAGGUUGUUGACCAUGUCCACUUUCAUCUGAUACCAAAGAGGGAUUCGGAGACCGGGCUGAUAGUUGGCUGGCCUACUACUAAGGGCGACAUGGCCCAAUUGGCUGAACUAGCCAAGGACAUAGUUUCCAAGAUUGAGGAAUAA